AGACUGAGGACACGACAUCUCGCCAUCGCUUACAGCUACCCCGCCAUUACCGAGCUAUUUCCAUUCUAGUCUGACGACGCACCUGGGUCAUGAUGGCCGUCAACUUGAGAGGGACGAUGAGGGCGUUUGGGGGACUCCGUGUAAGUAACAGGUCUCAGGAUCUCAGCAUCCCAACUGCGACGACGCCAGUUGCAAAUGGGCGACGCUCCUCCAUGGGCUAUUCGCCGGCGCUGCGCUGACCAAGGCCAUCAGCCUCAAACUGCUCGAGUUAGUAUCAUCCCCUCAAUAAGAUGCUACUCAGCUUCGUCCGAACCAGACUUGAAGGAGACGUUGAAAUCCAUCAUCCCAGCUAAGCGGGAGCUGUUGAAGAAGGUCAAGGCCAAUGCAUCCAAAGUCAUUGGUGAGGUCAAGGUUGAGAACGCCAUUGGCGGCAUGAGAGGACUCAAGGCUAUGGUGUGGGAGGGCUCCGUACUCGACGCGGAUGAGGGCAUCCGCUUCCACAGCCGCACCAUAAAGGACUGCCAGAAGGAGCUUCCCAAGGGCACUUCGGGGACCGAGAUGCUACCCGAGGCCAUGUUCUGGCUGCUCCUGACAGGCCAAGUCCCCUCGGUUGCCCAAGUGCGCAACUUCUCGCGUCAGCUUGCCGGCGAGGCACACAUCCCCGACUUUGUCAAUAAGAUGCUCGACAACUUCCCCAAGGACCUUCAUCCCAUGACGCAGUUUGCUAUUGCUGUCAGCGCCCUGAACUACACGUCCAAGUUUGCCAAGUCGUACGAACAGGGCCUCAACAAGGCCGAUUACUGGGAGCCUACCUUCGACGACUCCAUCAGUCUUCUGGCCAAGCUACCCACUAUUGCCGCCAAGAUAUACCACAAUUCGUACCGUGGCGGCGGUGCCCUACCUGCUGAUGUGGAUAUCGAUCAGGAUUGGUCCUACAACUUCGCAGCCAUGCUAGGCAAGGGGGGCCAGGAGAACGAGAAUUUCCAGGAUCUUCUAAGACUCUACCUCGCCCUGCAUGGCGACCACGAGGGUGGCAAUGUAUCUGCACACGCCACCCAUCUGGUGGGAAGCGCCCUUAGUGACCCGUUCCUCAGUUACAGCGCCGGUCUGCAGGGGCUGGCUGGGCCGCUACACGGUCUCGCCGCACAAGAGGUUCUCCGAUGGAUCAUCCAAAUGAAGGAAUCCAUCCCGGCCAGCUACGGCGAAAAGGAUGUUCACGACUACCUCUGGUCAACCCUCAACUCAGGCCGUGUCAUACCUGGAUACGGCCACGCCGUCCUGCGUAAGCCCGACCCGCGCUUCGAGGCGCUGAUGGAUUACGCAUCAUCACGCCCCGAGAUUGCCAGCGACCCCGUGUUCCAGCUCGUCAAGAUGAACAGCGAGAUUGCCCCCGAGGUGCUCAAGCAGCACGGCAAGACCAAGAACCCCUAUCCCAAUGUCGACUCGAGCUCGGGCGUUCUAUUCCACCACUACGGCUUCCACGAGACGCUGUACUACACGGCCACCUUUGGUGUCAGCAGGGGACUGGGGCCUCUCGCUCAGCUCAUUUGGGAUCGUGCACUGGGCUUGCCGAUCGAGAGACCCAAGAGCAUCAACUUGGAGGGUCUGCUUGCUCUGGCGGAGGCAUGAGAGGACAUGGUAUGCAUCGUACAAUGGGUUCGAGGCGUUGCUGGUUGCUGUUGAAAACGGGAUUUUAGACUUGUCGUUCCGAUUUAAUGUUGAGUGCCUUUGCUCGUGUGCCCUUUCCUCGCUUUGGUUGCUCCUCGUCGUGAAGCUGUCGCUGUCAUGAGAGGGCUUAAUACAAGGCAAGGAAUUAACUG